CCUCAUUCGGUGUACGUCUCACAAGCUAUCAACAUCAGCGGGAGCAGAAUAAGUUAUCUGGUACCAUUAAGGGCUUAUGACUUCUCUACAUUCCCUACUACAGUAAAUCACACCCUGCAUGGUACUGGUAGACCUGGACUUAUCAGACACGCCUCUAACACAUCCCACUUGGGUAUAAGCUGACUCAACAUCAGCAAGAGCUGAAGACUAUCCGAUCCCUGACCAGCAAUGGCUGCCGUUCCUGAACUGCUGCUGGCAACUCUGGAUGAUUUGGGUAAAGCAGAGAUGGAAAAAUUUAAAUGGUAUCUUCGUCAAGGCGUGGAAGGUUUCCCUCAACGCAUCCCAGUGAGCCAGCUGGAGAACACUGACAGAGUUGAGACUAUCAAUAAGAUGGUGGGGACCUACCAACCUGAGGAAGCUGUGAAGAUUACACUGGAGAUCCUGAGGAAGAUGAACCAGAACCAACUAGCUGAAACGUUAAAAAACAAAUAUGGCCCUGUUGGAGCUCUCGGAGAAGGUUUUAACAUGGAAGCAUCUUCUUCAGGGAGAUCUACAGGACGUUUUCAGCCAGCAUCAGAUGAGGAAUCGGUUGGAAAGAUCACAUACCACACCAAUAACCAUCUUGGAACAGGUGCCGAUGGAAUUGUGUUCAGGGGUUACUUCCAUUGUGAUGAUGCCAACAAGCGUCCUGCGGCAGUGAAGAGAAUUGAACUAGCAAAACAAAGCAAUGCUGAUCGAGAGGUCGCUUUGCUUCUUCAAUUGGACGACAAUCCCCAUGUCGUCCGCUACUUCUGCACUGAGAAGGACGGGCAAUUCCUAUACAUUGCCAUCGAGCUGUGUGCCGUCUCUUUGGAUAAGUGUUUUACUAAAGAAAAUCCUUUUGACCUUCGCGGACUGAACCCAGUGAUGCUGCUGCAGCAGACCAUGAUAGGACUGGAACACCUGCACUCUCACAACAUAGUCCACCGUGAUGUGAAGCCCCACAACAUCCUGUUGAAAGACCACUCUGACUCAGUCACGGUCAAGAUCUCAGACUUUGGGAUGAGUAAGCAGUUAGCGGACAGCAGACAAAGCUACAGUAUGAGGUCGGGAGCCCUUGGCACCAUGGGCUGGAAUGCCCCAGAGGUCCUGGAUGACAGCAGGAAAGUAAACCCUACCAGUGCUGUGGACAUCUUCUCUGCCGGUUGUGUGUUUUAUUAUGUGUUGACAGGAGGAGAACAUCCAUUUGGAAAACCCAAUAGGCGGGCUGGUAACAUCGAGGAUGGCAAAUACAACCUUGAUGGAUUACAGAAAGACAAACAUGAGGACAUUGUGGCCACAGACCUGAUAGAACAGAUGCUGAACAUGGAGCCCCAGAGGAGGCCUUCUGCUGAGAGUGUGCUCAAACACCCCUUCUUCUGGAGCCUGGAGAAACAACUGAUGUUCUUCCAGGACGUGAGUGACAGAAUUGUAAAUGAGACAUCGGAUGGUCCAAUCAUACAGCAGCUAGAGUCAGGGGGACAGGAAGUGGUGAGGAAUAACUGGAUGGAACACAUCACAGCAGUUCUGCGGAAAGAUCUAGAAAAACGCAAAGGAGCAUAUGUAGAGGGCUCUGUUAAAAGUCUUCUACGUGCCAUAAGAAACAAGAAACACCAUUACCACGAUUCUCCUAAGGAGGUCCAGGAGACUCUGGGCUCCAUCCCUGAUGACUUUGUCUCCUACUUCACCUCCCGCUUCCCCCACCUGCUGCUGCACACCUACCUCACCGUGCGUUCCUUUGCUGAGGAGCUGACUUUACAACACUACUACCUCGAAGUCCAACACGAAACUUAGACGGCAGAAGAGAACACACCCAGAGCCUGAGGUGACGACAACCAAGCCAACAACUAAAAAAAUGUGACCAUAGUGUGAUGUCAGGCGCUCCGCUGAGAAGUACUCCAUCCCACACCAGCAAACCUCCAAUCUAUGUCAGUACACUGUAUUGUCACGGUUCUUUUUACAUGAACAAUAUUGGUUUGUCUGAAGAAGAAGCAAUCACUUUCACUUGUAUGCAGAUGACACUGUUGUGUCUCCUAUUUCACCGAUGGCUGACCAGGUUCUGUCAGAGCUUUAUUCUGCCUUUAUUGUCUUGCCGAAAGCCUUUAUUAACUGAAAUUGGUACUUUAUGCAGGUAAAAACAAGUAUAUAUUAUAUUCCAAAUCACGUAAAAAAUGUAUCUGAUGAUUUAUGCAUGCGUACAUUGGAUGGUGCCCUCAUUGAUUAUGUCCCCAACUAAUAAAUAUCUAGGCAUCUGGAUUGAUGAUAGUCUGUCCUUCAAAAAUAAUGUUGAUGGGUUCGUUAAAGGUGCAAUGUGCAGAAAUCACUCUGCCAUUCCUGGUUUCUUAAAUUGCAAUAGUUAGCCUAAUUUCAGUUUGUGACAAAACAAGUAAUAUACUGUAUAGUGUAGAGAAUCAUUACACCAUCUAAACUGUGGUGAAAUAUCUCUUCAAUAGUAAGAAUAUUGUAUUUCCAGGUGUUUGAAGCUGGUGUACAAAACUGAAAGUAAAAGGAGUAAAAAUGAAACUAAAGAACGGGAAGCAUAUAAAUAGUGCAUAUAGAACAUCUACAGCUUGUUAGACUUGCUUUCAAUGGGAAUGACAGAUCAAUAACUCACAUUUCUAUGUGAAUUUGGUCAGGUCGCCCAAAAAGUGACAUAUUGCAGCUUUAAAACGUGAAGGUAGUCCGAAAUGAGUAUGAUUAUCUUGUAUUCUUUGUUUAUUGAAGAGGGUUCUGUUCAUUUCCUGAUCUGAGAAUUGAUGGGCAAGCAGUGGUUCGACUGCAUAGUUAUUGAAUGGGACAGAUAAUGUGGUAGUAGCCUAUCCCGGGGGAUGUACAUGUUUAUAUCCCAGGUUGUAUUCAUGCUUAAAGCAGGGGAAGCCCCUUUAUUGAUAUGUGUGCAUGUAUACUGUAUGUUCAAGUAUGUUUAUGAUCUGAUGACAUUUAUAUUGUAAUUCAUGUAUUUUCAAUGUUGAUUGAUCAGUGUGUGAAAUGCCUUGCUUUUAUUGGUUAAAUGCAUUAUGGGUAGGGGUAUAAGAACCCUGUAUUCUCAUGGUUUUAGAGACAGACAGGGUAAUGUCUAUUUAUUUGAUUGUGUAAAUAAUUGUACUGUUUGCCGGCUCUUUAUCCUCACUUUGCAAAUAAAAGCCUCACUCUGGGCAGGAAAAAUCA